AUGCGCCGCGCUUUUUCCACGACCUACCGCAGCCUCCCGCGCCUCUCGACGACGCAGCUCGACGACGCCGCCGUCGCGGCGUUCGCGCGCGACGGCGCGACGUGCCUGCGCGGCCUCGUGCCCCCCGAGUGGGUCGCGGCCCUCCGAGAGGGCGCGGAGGCGAAUUUGGCCAAGCCGGGCCCGCUCUGCGACGAGCACGCGGCGGCGCAGGGCACGUCGGGCCGCUUCCACGACGACCAGUUCCUCUACCGGCGCUGGGACGCCUUCGACGAGUUCGUGCGGCGGUCCGGCGCGGGCGCGGUCGCCGCGCGCGCGAUGGGCUCGAAUACGGCGCACAUCUUCUACGACCAGCUCUUCGUCAAGGAGCCGGGCACGUCCGCGCCGACGCCCUGGCACAACGACACGUCCUACUGGCACCUCGCGGGCGACCAGAUCAUCUCGAUCUGGGUCGCGCUCGACACGGUGCCGGCGGACGCGGGGCUCGGCUACGUCCGGGGCUCGCACAAAUGGAACCUGCGCCACCGCGUGACGAACUUCUCGGGCGACGCCCACAGCGACCGCAACACCUACGGCGGCGCCGACGCGCUGCCGCCCGUGCCCGACGUCGGCGCCGUGGCGCCCGGGGACCUGCUCCGCUGGGACGUCGAGCCGGGCGACGCGCUCCUCUUCUACAGCGCCAUGCUCCACGGCGCGCCGGGCGUACCCGCCGACUCGCCCCACCGGCGCCGCGGCUACGCGACGCGCUGGUGCGGCGACGACGUCACCUUCGUCGACCUCCCGGGCACGAUGAACACGGGCUGGAAGGCCGCGGGCUUCGACAACGGCCUCGCACAGGGCGCGCCCAUCGCCUGCGACCUCCACCCGGACUGCGCCCGCGCGGGCGCGUGAGCGAGGGGCGGCGUACGUUUCUCCGAGCGUAUGUUGAAGAUAAAGUGAAGAGAUGGUGAA